AUGGAGAAAACCUUUUCACGUCUAACAGAACAACGAAUCAGUGAAGAUGAUGAAGAGUUGCUUAAGCUCUCGCUCUCAACUGGAUCUAGGUCACUGCCAAAGGCAUUAUCGCAAUCAUCACCACCACUUAUUUUAGGUCAACCAUCAACGCUUCCAUCGCAGUUGUUUUCACUACAGGCACCACCUCCACCAUCACCAUCGCCGCCACCUAUUCUCCAUACGCCGCCUCCUACUGGCCCAUCUCAUCAAAACACUGUCAUUGGGCAAGUGCGUUCUCACAUCCGUAAAUCUUCCUCUCAGAUUUUAAGGAAAGGAAAAAGUGAGACCGUACCCGCACCAUAUCCAUGGUCUACUUCUAGACGUGCCACCGUCCAUAGCCUUGAAUAUCUGCUAGGCAAUGGACUAAACGUUAUUUCUGGUCUAGUCCAGUGUAAAAAAUGCGAAAAACAGCAUGAGAUUGAAUAUGAUUUGCAGCAAAAAUUCAUGGAAGUGGCAUCUUUUAUUUCCGAAAACAAGAGCACCAUGUAUGAUCGAGCGCCAUCAGUUUGGCUGAAUCCAACCCUUCCUGAUUGCAAUUUUUGCCAUCAAAGAAACUGCGUGAAGCCAAUUAUGUCAAAGAAAAAGUCCAUUAAUUGGUUGUUUUUGCUUUUGGGACAGAUGCUUGGGUGUUGCCAACUAAAGGUAUUGAAAUAUUUUUGCAAGCACACCAAGAAUCAUAGAACAGGUGCCAAAGAUCGAGUUCUCUAUCUUACUUAUUUAAGUCUUUGUAAACAAUUAGAUCCCAAGGGACAAUUUGAUAUUGAGUUUACUACAUAG